UUGUUUUAAAUUUUUUUGAAGAAAAGUUUUUGCAAAAGAUGAAAAACAAUGGUAUUUUGCAAAAAGUAUUUUUCAAUCAAACGAAGAACAUCUCAUUCUAGAAAAUUUACAGAGAAGUUUUGAAGCAACAAACACCAAUUAUUAGGCGUCCUCGAAACGACGACGUAGCUUUGUCUUGCUCGUCUGUCCUUGAGCUCAUAUUUGCUUGUCGAUUGCGAAGUUCCCAACUGUCUUAACCAAAUUAGUCUUCGCCGGCGAACUGUGAAACCUCCAUCUUUUCUGUCACCGUCAUCUUACAAUGUCAUGGUUUGCUCGAUCCAUUGCCAAUACUCUCAGACUCGACGACGACGAUAGGGACGAUGACGUUUCAAGCAAUCACGAUCACUCUACUGAAAAACCUACUACGGAGAAGCAACAAACAGAUGAUGAUGAUUCACCGCCAGUAUCACCAUCACGCGGCGUCAAGGAUGACUUCUCAGAGCUCACCAAAACCCUAACCCGUCAAUUUUGGGGAGUGGCCUCUUUCCUGGCUCCACCACCCCAAUCCGAGCCUGAUAAGCUUUUACUGGAUCCGAAUUCAGGACCAGCUCGAGUUUCGGAUGACGAAGAGUCUGAUCCUGUGGGGAUCGCGGGUUUGCGGAGCGAUAUUGCUGAAAUUGGGGGCAGAUUCAAGAGUGGGAUAUCUAAGCUUUCGAAGAAUAUUCCCGUGUCCGAAAUCACCAAAAUGGCGUCCAACCUACUGCAACUGGGACCAGAGGAGGAGGACGACGAAGAGGGUAAGAGGUUUGAUUCCGGUAGAGGUGCAGUUGGUGUUACUGAGGAAGUAGUGGCUUUUGUGAGGGACAUUGCUAUGCAUCCUGAGACUUGGUUGGAUUUCCCUUUGUUUGAUGAUGAAGACGACGAAGUAGAUUUUGACUUGUCUGAUGCACAACAAGAGCAUGCAUUAGCUGUCGAGCGUCUUGCUCCAAGACUGGCUGCUUUGAGGAUUGAGCUCUGCCCAGGUUACAUGAGUGAGGCUCGCUUUUGGGAGAUUUACUUUGUUCUUCUGCACCCUAGACUGGAUAAACAAGAUGUUGAACUUUUAUCCACACCCCAGGUAGUCAAGGCCAGGGCAUCAUUGGCGCAAGAGUUACAUAAACUAACCAAGCCAAUAGAAGGAGAUUGGUCAAAGGAGGAGACUUUUAAAUCAACUGACAUGGGUGGUUUUCAACAGGAGGAGAUGCUUGCUGUCCCGUCCGCUGCUCUCUCUGCGGUUGUGGUUCAAGACAUGUCUAGUGUGGAUGUUGGCACUUCAUCUAUAGUAGCUAGCUGUGGUACCAAUGUGCACCCUGUCAUUAGUGAAAAUCAAACAGUUGAUAAACUUGUGGUUGAAGAAAGACCUACUACCCUAAGCAAAGAUGAAAAAUUGCAAUCUGCAUCGGCGACUAAGUUAGAGGAGAGUGACGAAGAGGAUGCUGAUGAUUGGUUGAAGGAAGAAAACACGGAAAUUACAGGUACCAGUAAAACCAGCAUGUCCUUUGAGGAUGAUGAGGAUGUGUCUUUCAGUGAUCUUGAAGAGGAUGAUUCAGAUACGUCUGCAAAAUCAAAACUGGCAAUUCACAGUUCUGAUAAGGACUCACAAGAUUGGGUCCAGUUGAGGAAAAGCUCCACUGACUUGUCUAGAGAUACCAGCUCCGUCAAUCAGAUUGGUUCUGUUAAGGAAAAUGUGCAGAAUCCUGAUAGCAAAGAAUCAAAUGAUUGGCUGGAUAUUGAUGACCUUGAGGUGGCAUGAACUUAUGUAAGAUUUAAAUAUAGUUGUCGUUCCGCGCAUUUCUUGUGAAUAGCUAUUCCUUAUCCUCCAGUCUGUGCUCUCCGCUGAGAACUCCUAAACUGUAUUGUUUGUACAUAGAACGCAUAAUGAAAAACAAUUGGGUUGCAA